UCAUGAAAAUAUCUAUCUCACAAAGUAGUAGAUAUACAGCAUAUAGGUACAUUACAGUAUAAUCUUGCACUGAUAACCUAAUGAUAGCUAUUAUAAAAAUUAACAUUAAAUUGUCAAAGGUUACCUUGGAAACAAAAUGUUAAAAUAUUGAUUUAUUAAUCGAAAAAAAAAUAUCUUAAUAAUUAAAUUAUUGUUGUAUGUCGGAAUAUGUCGUUUUUAAACAUAUUUAAGAAGAAACAAACCCAAACCAGUUCUUCCGAAUCGUCGUACGUAAGUAACUUCAGUGACGAAGUAUCGGGCGAUUAUGUAAUAAAAAAGUCGCGGAAACCAGUCGUCCAGGACACCGAAUCGUUGUGGGAUUGCAGAGACCGAAUGUUGUUGAAUUUGCGCAAGAUAAAGACAGAGGUCGGUGAAGAUGAAGCUAAAAUUCAACCAGAUGAUACAUCUAUAAUUGUUGAAAAAUUUCAGCCUAACACUACACUAGUGGACAUGCAGGAUAGUCAGACAAUCGAUCAGUCAACGGGGACGUCCACGGUUACAGACAACCCAACGAAUGACAAAAGCCAACAGAUGAGCAGUCGUACUUCGAGUAAAGUUGUUGUAGAAUUUCAGCCGGAUACCACAACAGUGGACUUGCGAGGUAGUGUUUCGAGUCAGACAAUCGAUCAGUCAACGGUCGAGGCGGAGGUUACUUACAAGCCAAUGACUGACAAUAGCCAACAGAUGAGCACCGAAAGCAGCAUAAAAUGCGUUCCAAAAAAUACGAAAAUUCCAAUAUGUAACGACACGGCGCAGGUUACGUGCAAGUUAACGGCUGACAAGAGCCUACACAUAAGCACCGAAAGCAUCAUAAAACACGUUGAAAAAAAGACGAAACUUCCGCCUGUGAUUGAACCGCAGAAUAUUGAAUGGGAUGAAAGUUGUAUGAAAAUGAAAGAAUAUAGCGCGUAUAAUUCUAUGGUAGAUAAGCUGUGUCGAGUGCAAACGAAUACGCAAUAUCCAAAAAACGUCAAGAAUAGAGUAUUUGCACCGGUAAGCUGCAAUUUGGUGUAACACCGUAUGUAAUACACACGUGGGCUAUAAAUGCCAUAUAAGACAGCGGUGAGUAAAAACGUCACAAAAAGAUAAGGUACUAUA